AUGAUCUCUGCGCUCGCUUGGGUACCGAAAGGUGCGUCGCGGCGCGUUCCUGAGAGACUCAAGCUGACCGAAAAAGAGAUGCAAAUGCUGCGAAAUGUUGCGACAGAGGAGGAAGCGGAGGAAUUGAGUGCUUUGGAGGACUCUAUGGUUGAAGAGAAUGACCCAGCGCAGAUAAAUGAGGAUGAGAAGGAUAGCAACGGCCUUCCUUCUUCGUUUAAAAUGGACGAAUAUGAAGAGGAGGAUGAUGAUGCUGCGAUCAAGAACUAUAUUGGUGGCGGUGCUGGUGCUGUUGAUGAUGAGGAAGAGGACGAAGCCACGAAUUAUCAGGUGGACGAGGAAGACAAUGCAUCAAUGGAGAAUGAUGAGGAAGAGCAGGAUCAUGAGAUGGAUCAAGAGGAUGUAGAGAUUCGACCUACAGAUAGUGUAAUCCUUGUGGCAAACACAGAGGACGACUUUAGUAACCUUGAGGUACAGGUGUACGACGACGAAAACGGUGCAUUGUAUGUGCACCACGAGAUUAAUCUACCAGCUUUUCCAUUGUGUAUGGCUUGGAUGGAUUGUGCUCCAGUACCGUUAGAUCCAAUGACAGGGCCAGUGAAUGGUAGCUUUGUUGCAGUGGGUACGUUUAAGCCUGGUAUUGAGAUCUGGGAUCUCGACGUGCUUGACGUACUCGAGCCGACUGCCACAUUAGGCGGAGAACAGAGCGAAGAGUUGAGAGAUGUUGCUAUACCAACGAAAUUUCAGCGGAAAAAAAACCAGAAGACAGUACUCAAACCAGGCAGUCACCAAGACGCGGUUAUGUCUCUUGACUGGAACAGCAGUCACCGUAAUAUGCUGGCCAGUGGUUCAGCUGACUCGACAGUUAAGGUUUGGGAUAUCACGACACAAAAGUGCUUGUACACUAUGACGCAUCACAACAAUAAGGUGCAGAGCGUUCGUUGGAAUAUGGCCGAGACAACAGUCCUCGCCAGCGCGUCAUUCGACCGAACGAUUGUGGUCUUGGAUGGACGUCAGCCAGAUGCUUUUUCAAAAUUUCAAUUGAGUGCCGAGGUAGAAAGUAUGGCUUGGGCACCGCAUAAUCCAAGUACCGUUGUUGCAUCUUCGGAAGAUGGUGUUGUAGUCGGUUUUGACGUCCGCAUGAACGGGUCGAAUCCGUUGUUCCGUCUCGAUGCUCACACUGGUGCCGUAUCGUCUAUUUCUUUUUCUGCUCAGAUACCUGGUAUGCUUGCAACUGCUGGCGUUGACAAGACUGUGAAGCUUUGGGACCUUCAAAGUAACGCUCCUGUGUGUGUGGCAUCGAAGGAGAUGAAUGUUGGUGAGCUAUUUGCUUUGUCAUUUUACCCGGAUUCACCAUUUUUGCUCGGAGUUGGCGGGUCAAAAGGUAUUUUGGCACUUUGGGAUACCUCUGAGAACGAAGCUGUUGAACGCCUGUUUAGCUCGCGCGUACAUGGAAUUUCAACGCCUGCGUCUAGCGGUAUCUCGUCAUCUUUUCAAUCGCCUGAUCAGCUUGGCGAAGAGUUAGCACGAGAAGAGGAACUAGACCGACAACAGCGGAAGAAAAAGUCAGGAAAAGGCAAGAAAGGAAAAAAAAAAUAG